GUCUCUUGCCGGUCCUCUCUCUCCCUCCUCACACUCCCCUUCCUCCCCGAGCUGCACACCGGCCGAUGCGUCACCCCGCCGCGGCCCUGGGUGUCCGUCCCGCGCGUGCGGAGCUCAACAGAAUCAGGGGCUUCACUUGAGAGCGAGCUGCAAUCCUUUAGCAUCCUUUUGACUUUGAAUUCUCCCACUGAGCGAUCCGGACGAGGGGCUCCAAUUUCAGAGAAAAUCGUCCUCUCGUAACGUUUCGUCACGGAGGACAAAAAGACGACGGCAUGGAGAUGAUGAACGAGUCGCUUGCAGUGAACGGCUCCUUUGGGGCUCCUGUGGCUGGAGAAGCUCUCCAAUGGAUGGAGGCUGAUUCUCCGGAGCACAACGGCAGCCUGGAGUUCUCCACCGCCCCGUUGGCUUUCCCCAUCAACCCGUGGGACAUCAUGCUGUGCAUGUCAGGCACCGUCAUCGCCUGUGAAAACGCCAUCGUGGUUGCAAUCAUCUUCUACACGCCGACGCUAAGGACUCCCAUGUUUGUGCUGAUUGGGAGCCUGGCCACAGCAGACCUGCUGGCCGGCAUGGGAUUAAUCCUGAACUUUGUGUUUCAGUAUGUGAUCUCCUCUGAGACUAUCAGCCUUAUCACUGUCGGCUUCCUGGUGGCCUCCUUCACUGCGUCCAUAAGCAGCCUUUUGGCCAUCACGGUGGACCGUUAUUUCUCCCUCUACAACGCCCUGACGUACUUCUCAGAGAAGACACUGCAGUACGUACACCUGAUGUUACUGGGGACCUGGGGCGUGUCUCUGUUUUUGGGCUUGCUGCCGGUGCUCGGCUGGAACUGCCUGGACGAUCCGGCCUCCUGCAGCAUCGUCCGCCCUUUGACCCGAAGCAACGUCACGCUCCUGGCCACCUCCUUCUUCGUCAUCUUCGUGCUCAUGCUGACCCUCUACUUCAAGAUCUGCAAGAUCGUGUGCCACCACGCGCACCAAAUCGCCCUGCAGCAGCACUUUUUCGCCACGUCUCAUUACGUUGCGACCAAAAAGGGGGUCUCCACUCUGGCCAUUAUCUUGGGGACAUUUGGUGCCAGCUGGCUGCCCUUUGCCAUCUACUGCCUGGUGGGCGAGAAGGAGUAUCCGUCAGUCUACACCUAUGCCACGCUUCUGCCAGCCACUUACAACUCCAUGAUCAACCCCAUCAUCUACGCCUAUAGAAACACAGAGAUCCAGCGCUCCCUCUACGUGCUUCUCUGUGGCUGCUUUCAGAGCAACAAGACUUACCGAUCCAGAUCACCAAGUGAGGUCUAAACAGGCGCUCGGGCUCCUUUUGUGUGAGUGUCUGUGUGUGUGAAAAAAAGACAGAGCAAAAAGACAAAUCACCCUGUGAUCAUUGACAAUCUGCUUACAGUUGACAGCGAAUGCUUUACAAACACAAAGAGGAGGUGAAGCUAGACAUGUGUCUGUCAUGCUGUAUCUGCACUUUACGACAUCUCGACACAAGUUAGGAGGAGAUUUUUGAAAUGCUGUGAACAAGAAACUUCUGUGAAAAAGAAGGAGAGAAAAAACUUGUGAAUGUACUUAAAGGAGAAAAGGAAUGGAAAAUCUUGCACUUUAGUCCGGGUUUAAAAAAAACGCCAAAGCAGUAUUGUAGAGCCCUCAUUGUGUUUAAACGUUUCAACUUGUGAGUAUUGUGUAUGGCCAUUUUUCUAUUUUGUAUGGUCUUUGAUGUGCAUUUUCUACAAGUGGAAUAAACAAAAUAAAAUCCAG